UACUCUGUUGGUGCAGGUGUCAACCGCUGAUAAUGCAACAAUAGAUUUAGGAUUCUGCAUUCUUAUCUUUCACUUAACUUCGCUGUUUUAUUAGAAUGCACGGACUUCAGAAGCCUACGAAUAAAAAUUGUGCGAAAAUAUGUGUUCCCUUAACGAAGUACGUUAUACAAUUAUAGUGAUGUUACAAAAUUUGGACUACUUCAAAUAAUAACGAUCCGCUUACCUCCGCAGUGAGGUAGAGGCCAAGGUAUGGAGGUGGCAAUGCCAAUGGUAGGCAAUGCCAUUGACUCCUACGAAGAUAUGUUUAAAGAAAUCACUCGCAAAUUGUAUGGCGAAGACGGUUUGCCCGAAUGCGUGCAAACUGAACGCCUCUCUAACCCUCAAGAUCGUGGACUGACCAGCAUUGACUAUGACAUAGAAGGUCCGCUGCUUAAGUCGGAAGAGCAUAUCACGGCAUUUGGAUUGGCGGCGUUAAUGCAAAAUGGCUUACAAUCUGCGAGUAUUUUAAAUCCCCCAUUUCAGCAGCACAAACCUAAUCCAAGUUACGAGGAUAAAUGGAUCAUUAGCGAAGAUAAUUUGCAGUGGACGCACUCCAAGAUAGCAAGCUACAACCCGGCCCAAAAGCUGUUUCGGUGCGCCGAAUGUGAUUGCGUCGGCUACCUUCCAAGAGUUGCAGAACACUGGCUGGGGACACAUUCAAACCUGCGAGUAUUUCAAUGCCCUCAAUGUCCCUACGAAAGCGCUUGGGCGCGCUGUGUGCGAAUGCAUCUGACACGUCAUCACAACGUUAGCGCAGAAGAAACAACGGAAGCGCUUCUCAAGAACAAUCCGGUACUCCACGAAGUUACACGUUACCUUCAACGAUUGAAGUCGAGACUCGAGGUCAACUGCGCCAAACCACAAACUCACCAACCCGAAGAAUUUCAGCAAAACACUAAUCCUAUUAGCACAAGCACGCGUAGCAUACCAACUCAAGUUACAACGGCUACCGCAACAGAGUCCACGAACACCUCCCCAACUAAACGAUACAGCUGCACAUAUUGCCCUUAUGCCACAGAUCGCCGUGAUUUAUUCACGCGCCAUGAAAACAUCCACCGAGAAGAGAAGCCUUUCCAGUGUUACGUUUGUCAGAAGCAAUUUAACAGAGCGGACCAUGUAAAAAAGCAUUUUUUAAGAAUGCAUCGAGAACACCCGUACGACUUAAACAGAAUUAGAAGACAUCCGCCAAAGAAUGCGUCUGGAAUGUCGUACUACCACAAGUAUAACGCCAGUGAAACUCCAACGCAAUCACCAGAACCUAUAAAUACUGAUUUAUCGCUGAUGACAAACUGCCUAAGCAUACCAAACAAUUUUAAUAACGUUCCCAGAGCUAUCAACGGCAACAGGUCUGACGUUAAAUCCGCGAACACAAAACCAAAUCUACUAGGAAAAGGCUCUAAUAAGAAGAAAGGAGAAAAAAGGUUCACCUGCUGCUAUUGCUCGUGGUCUGGCGUGGACAAUUGGUGUUUGAAGCGACAUAUGAACACCCACUUAAAACCAUUUGUUUGUGGAUUGUGCGACUAUAAAGCGGCGCGUUCAGAGCGACUGGCCACCCAUGUGUUAAAGGUACACAAUAAAAGGGCUUGCGGCAAAUGCACUUUCUUGGCAGAUGACGCCGUCCAACUAGCAACGCAUCAAGAGGAACAACACCCUCUUGAUCAGCGAAACAACCGAUCUAGCAGCAGCGUGUUACGCACAACCACCUUCAACAACACUCCCACCUCACAACCAACACCAUUUAAUCAAAAUCCGUCUAACAUUAAAUAUGAAGUAAGUACGACUACGGCUAUACUACAACACGGUAAUCGGCUAUUACAAAAUGAGUCAAAACCUUGGAAACCUCACAUUCCAAAGCAACACGGGGCGGCGCGCCUAUUUAACUACAUGGAAGCGAGUGACAGUUCCGAACCCGAGUGUGACUCUAGAGGUACUGAAGACAUGAAUCGAAUCAUUUUAAAUCAUAGAAUUCAGUCGGAUUUUCCUGAGGCGGGAGAUGUUGGUAAUCAAAUUGAGGAAGCCGAAGCAGAAGACGAUGAACUUCCUCUGUUCGUCUGCCAAACGUGUGGCUGUGAAUUUGAAGAUGAUGCAUCAUUAGAAACUCACCAAUAUAUACGAUGCCACAGUACAACAUCUCCCGCAAAAACCGAAGAGGCCAAAGAGAAUGUCAAUCCGAAUCCCAAGUAUCAAUGCUGCCUAUGUGAAAUGGCAUUUAACAGCCAAAUUGAGAUCAUGGAUCACAUGCCAGUUCAUUCCAUUAUUUCAUAUCAAUUUAAUGGAAGUUGUGUCCAAGACAAAGAGGGGCAUGGAAAGCGUUCAAGGAAGCAAAGCUCUCCAAAGAAAAUAGUGUUACCGUUUUUGUGCAAUGAGGGACUUGAUGUGUUAUGGAACCCAAAUAGUAAAAUGUGGAGACAGGGAAAUAAUCUACACGAUAAGUACAUGGUUCAGCUGGUCACCAAAAAAGGAUUUUCAUGUAAUUGGUGCCGAAACCAAAGGCUAAGUCAAUUUCGAACAAAAGGAAGUUUAGUUUUACACCAACUUUGGAAACAUUCAAAUAAAGCACAUUUCCAAUGUGAACACUGUAACUUUUGUUUUCGACACCGUUACCAAGUAAUAUUACAUUCGAGCAGAGUACAUGUGACAAGACCCCAUCUUAAAUCUACCCCUGAAAAAACACAAGCAGUGCCUAGUAAAGAAACACUCCACACAACUGUACCUGUUUUAGAAGAACCGUCGCCCAACUUUUUUACUCAUACUUUCAUCACAUCAGUACCUGAUAUCAGCAAUGCAUCUACCAAUGUACAUAAAUUAGGUAUGUCAUUUUUUGAACAUUCAUUUUUACAUACUAACGCUAGCAUUAACAGUCAUAUGCCUUUGAUUAUUCCAACAUUUCCUCCAAAUUAACGUAUGCCAAUUAUCUGCUCACAUAAGACUGCCAAAUCUCCAUUUACAGCGUUUCUGAUUAAAGUCACUUGCCUAUUAGUGUUCAGGUUUAUACAUCGCUUCCCAAAGUGUGAGGUAGCUUCCAUUUUUGUUUCACAUAUUUUGUGGGGAGUGUACCUUGUUCCCAAUAUCUUAGCUGUCUCCACCAAUAGAUAAGUAUAAGGUUGUUUAUAAGAAAAGUAUUUAUGGAGCAGUCCUUAUGAGCGAGCGCAAUCGCCGCUGCAAAACAAAGUGACCUUCAAAUACAAAAUAGUUUUUCAGUAGAUAUACGUUUCAAUAUCAAAUAAAUGGAGUAAAUGCAUUCACAGUUUUUUAUUUGAAAGUGCAAUUUUAUAAAAUUUGAUACCUAUCUACGAUUAAUCUUCAAGUUAAUGUUUGGAUAUACUACACAUUUUGUUUGUAGGUACAUCCUUCAAUAAUUAAAAAUUUGUUAUUCAUCUGACAGGUAUCUAAUGUUUAUCAUUAAUGAGGGUACCUUUCAAUUAACUCAUUACUUUUUAUACAAUAUAUUAC